AUGCAGGGCAUCUCAAGUCUUCUCCCGCUACCCUCUGGGGCUGAGCCUGGCCUCUGUUUGGCGCUAAGUCCCCCGCUGUGGGGGCGCCCCUGCGUUGUUGCCCGUGAGGGUCACCUGGGGGGCCCCUCAGGGGGCCCCCCAGAGGCUCGUGGGGCCCCGGGGGGCCCCCGGGUCCCCUGCAAAGCCUGCGGGGAACCCCCCUGCAUCUGCGAAGUGCAGCAGCAGCUGCUGCAGGCCCUUGCUGCUGCAGCAGCAACAGGAAAGCUGCAUGCACUACUGCUGGAAAUGCCUUUUUACGAACAGUUUGGCCCCAAGGGCUUCAAGUUGCUAGAAAACAUCGCCCAAGCUGCCCACCCGCUGCCCCUCGUCCUCGACGCCAAAAGGGGGGAUAUUUCAAACACAGCAAAGGCUUAUGCCCAGGCCCUUUUUGGCGUUUUGGGGGCUGCUGCUGCUACUGUGAGCUGCUACAUGGGAAGAGACUCAAUAAUUCCUUUUCUGUCUUUCAACAAAAAUGUUUUCGUUUUCGUCGAGUGUCUUCCUGCUGCUGCUGCAGCAGCAGCAGGACUUGCUGCUCUCAAGGGCUUUAAGCCCCCUGCUGCUGCUGCUGCUGUUCCUGCUGCUGCUGCUACUGCUCCUGUGGCCGCGGCUGCUGAGACGGGUCAAGGAGCAGCAGCAGCUGCUGCGAAAACAGAAGCAGCAGCAGCAGCAGCAGCAGCAGCAGCAGCUCCAGAAGAAGCAGCAGCAGCAGAUCCCACAGCAGCAGCAGCAGCAGCAGCAGCAGCAGCAACGCCUGUGGCUAUGUAUGAACAUGUCGCUGAGCUUUGCAGCGAACUGUCGGCAGCAGAAGUUUUUCAAAGAGUCCUUAUCAGCGUCAAGCCCGCGCGUCUGAGCCAGCAGCAGCAGCAGCAACUUCCCGACGACGUGCUGCUGCAGCACGAGGACUUGCUGCUGCUUCCUCCUCCAGCUGCUUCAGCCAAAUCCGCUGCUCCCCAGAUUCGGGGCUUCCCUCUGCGGGUUCCAUAA